GCGUCUCCAGGGGGGCCGUGCAGCCGCUGCAGCAGAAUUCUCCUAGAGAGGCAUAUACAUAAUCAUUAAACCUGGCAAAAUUCAGCAGGAAGAAGCAGUUGCCACAGAUUUUUCCAUCUAGGACUCCUGAUAUUUCUACUGAUGAGAAAAAAAUGACACUACAGCCUUCCAUGAUGAAGCAACUUAAGAGAAAAAGGAAAAGUAACUUCAGCGUGCAGGAAACGCAGACCUUACUAACAGAAAUUAAAAAAAGGAGGGAUGUCAUAUUUUCAAAACAGUUGAACACCACAAUCAACGAGAUGAAGCGGAAGGCCUGGGAAGAAAUUGCCGAAUGUGUAAAUGCACUGGGCGAAGGGGAGCAAAGAACUGGAACUGAGGUUAAAAGAAGGUAUCUAGAUUGGAGGUCCCUCAUAAAAAGAAAAAGCCUAAAUUCUGAUGUGAAACUUGGAGGCUCUGGAAUGCACCUUCCGUUAUCUGACCUAGAUUCCAUCAUUGAUGACACAGAUGACAAACCAAGUGUGUUAACAAAUGACUCCAGUUUGGAAUGGAAAAAUGUGCCAGAUGUCCGAGAAGCAAGCGAGUCAAUGGCUGAAAUCAAAGUCGAAGAGGAAGAAGAACAUCAAAAUUUCGAAGGUACUAGCUGGAAAAAGAGAAUAUCACAUCCUUGCUUGGGAAUCCAGUUCACCUCCCGUCAAAAUAGAAUUGUGUAUAAUCAGACGCCUAGUGAUGAGCAGUUUGAGAUGGAAGAGGACGAAAUGUUGUCCACGGUCUUACCUGACUCUAGAGAAGAAAAUGAUCUUCCUGAGGAGUUUCCCAGAAUUGAGGAGUUUGGCACCCUGAGUUCUAUAGCCAGAAUUCCAUACAAGGAUUCCCAUCUGCUCAUAUCACUAGAGAAGCAGAAGCUGGAGCUGGAAAGACAACGAUUAAGUAUUGAAGCUGAAAGGCUCCAAGUGGAAAAAGAAAGACUACAAAUUGAACGAGAGCGCUUGCGACACUUAGAUAUGGAGCAUGAGAGAUUACAGGUUGAAAAAGAGCGUCUGCAAAUUGAAAGAGAAAAGUUGAGGCUCCAGGUCAUGCACGCUGAGAAGGCUAACAUGGAGAAUGAUUUUGCGCCAGCGGAAAAAACUGUUUUGCAGCCCUUGGACAUAGAAGCGGAAAAAUUAAAACUGGAAAGGGAACACCUGCAACUAGAGAAGGAGAGGCUUCAACUUUUAAAAUUUGAGUCUGAGAAGCUUCAUAUAGAGAAGGAGCGUCUGCAGGUCGAGAAGGAGCGCCUACGAAUUCAAAGAGAAGGGCAUUUACAAUAAAAGAGUAGUGUGUCAUAGAAUUACAUUAGUUUUCUAGUGACUUUGUUUAGCAUUGUCUUUGUUGCUUAGUCUGUAGACUUUGAUCUUUUGUUCUGUCGACCAACAAAGCCUUAUGCAGGUACGUUCCUUUGAUGUUGUUGACAGUCUACUGUGUAGCCAAACGGUGAAUUUGAUCACCGUAGUUUGUAGCGUGCAGCCAAAUGGUGUUCUUAAAUUCUAUGAUGUGCCUGCAUAUAUGUGUUAGAUCGAGUGCACAACUAGACUGUUCUAUUUCCCACACUGCUCUUCUAGUGAUAAUACUAGCUAGAACCACAUAUUAAAGACCAGGUCCACCCAAAAUGAUACUUACGUUUUCUGUAGACAGUGACAAACUGAAUUCCUUGAUUAUUUCUGUU